CCAAAUUUGGAGGACGGACAUGCUCUCCUUGAAAACACACUUUGGAAUCCGUAUUCACGAGUCCCUCCCGCAACCGCCGAAUCCACCGACUGCCUGAAACUUCAGUUAUCUCAAUUCCCACACUUUGCCCCUUCUCUCUCUCUCUCUCUCUCUCUCUCUCUCUCUCAUAUUUAUUCUCCGAGAUCUCUCCUCUCUCAUCUCGCUCCAUUCUGCGUACAAUCACAUCCGGAUACAAGUGGAGUACGUACGAACGUAUUUGCGCAAGAAUUUCCGUAUUUUUUUUUCUUCAUAAAAUGAGAGGCCAUGAUCGGAUCAACACGGCUCUGCCCGACGAGCUGAUUCUGGAGAUCCUCAACCGGCUCGACUCGAAGUCGAGCCGCGACGCCUCCUCCCUGGUGUGCAAGCGCUGGCUCGGCCUCGAGAAGCUGACCCGCGACACCAUCCGGGUCGGCGCCUCCAACAACCCCGACUCCCUCGUCAAGCUCCUGGCCCGCCGCUUCGUCAACAUUAAGAACGUCUACAUCGACGAGCACCUCUCCAUUUCCGCCCCCGGCCAAUUCGGAAGAAGGCGUGCCAGUGAUCCAUCAGCACUAUUGUAUUCAAAGCUUCGUCAUAGAACUGAGAAACGUGUGUCUGAAGAGGUUGAAAUGGAUUCAUACUGUUUAUCAGAUGCUGGUCUGACUGCCGUGAGUGAAGGCUUUACAAAACUUGAGAAAUUGAGCCUCAUCUGGUGCUCUAAUGUGACAAGUGCGGGGUUAAAAUCCAUAGCUGAGAAGUGCCAUUUCUUGAGAUCUUUGGAUUUGCAGGGUUGUUAUGCUGGAGAUCAAGGUCUAGCUGCUGUUGGGGAGUGUUGUAAGCAACUUGAAGAUCUAAAUUUGCGAUUUUGUGAAGGCCUGUCGGAUACAGGGUUGACUGAGUUAGCUAUCCAUUGUGGGAGCUCCCUAAAAUCUCUUGGAGUUGCAGCUUGUGCAAAAAUAACCGAUAUCUCCUUGGAAGCAGUAGGAUCUCAUUGCAUAUCUCUUGAGACAUUAUCGUUGGACUCAGAAUUCAUCAACAACAAGGGGGUCCUUGCUGUGGCAAAAGGAUGUCUACUAUUGAAAGUUCUUAAGUUACAAUGCAUCAAUGUUACAGAUGAGGCUCUGGAAGCAGUCGGCAUCUUCUGUUCAGCAUUGGAGUUAUUGGCUCUUUACAGUUUCCAAAGGUUUACUGACAAGAGUCUCUAUGCAAUUGGAAAAGGGUGUAGGAGGCUAAAAAAUCUUACAUUAAGUGAUUGCUAUUUCUUAAGCGACAAGGGUUUGGAAGCAGUUGCCGCAGGUUGCUCUGAACUUACACAUCUUGAAGUCAAUGGUUGUCACAAUAUUGGCACAAGUGGAUUGGAGUUUGUGGGAAGAUCUUGCACACGCCUUUCGGAGUUAGCUCUCCUGUACUGCCAGAAGGUAGGUAAUUGUGCCCUUUCUGAGAUUGGCAAAGGCUGCAAACACUUGCAAGCUCUUCAUUUGGUAGAUUGUUCAAAUAUUGGGGAUGAUGCCAUAUCCAGUAUAGCUGUGGGCUGCAGAAACUUGAAAAAGCUUCACAUUCGGCGAUGUUAUGAGGUUGGGAAUAUCGGAAUUAUAGCUGUUGGUGAGAAUUGUAAAUUCCUUUCAGAGCUCAGCCUUCGGUUUUGUGAUCGGGUAGGGGAUGAGGCACUAAUAGCUAUUGGUCGAGGUUGCCCCCUACAACAUUUAAAUGUCAGUGGUUGUCAUCAAAUAGGGGAUUUGGGAAUAAUAGCAAUUGCAAGAGGAUGUCCUCAACUCACUUACCUUGAUGUAAGUGUUCUUCAGAACCUAGGGGAUACAGCAAUGGCCGAGUUAGGUGAAGGGUGUCCAUUACUCAAGGACAUAGUGCUAUCACACUGCCGUCAGGUUACAGACGUUGGUCUGGCCCAUCUCGUCAAGAAGUGCACGUUGCUUGAAUCCUGCCACAUGGUGUAUUGUCCAGGUAUAACCAUGGCCGGGGUUGCCACCGUGAUUUCUACCUGCGUCAGCAUAAAGAAGGUCCACGUUGAGAAGUGGAAAGUUAGCCAGAGGACUAAACGUAGGGCUGGCUCCAUCAUCUCCUACCUCUGUGUUGACCUUUAGAACCCCCCAGAUUACUUAAUAAAAUUGGUGAUGUGAAUCCCAAGGGUGCUGAUUAGGAAAUAGUGGUAAGUUUAUAUUACAUGAAUAAGGCCGAGGGAUUUGCUGGUCUGCUUAUUUGUACAACAAUCCUGGAACUUUCCCCCCUUUUUAUGGUUCCUUGGUCAUUUUUUGUUGUUGCAAUCAUAAUAAAUAUGUAGAAAGUUGUAAUGGCGCGCAAUAAAUGUAUAGUUUCCUGA